UGCUCAUCGUGAACAUUAUCCUCCCCCUUCUGGCUCUUGCCGCUGCACCAGGCUUCGCCGCACCAUUGCGAAGACACGCAAGCCCUGAGCCAUCAUUGAAAUCCACGGUCGAUGUGACGGCGGUCAACGGGCGUCGCUUUCCAGCCUCUGGGGACCGCACGCAAUAUCAUGUUGUGGAAGCUCGUUCAAAUCAGAGCGCACAGAAAGGGAUGAAACAUAAGAUGGGGGGACCACGGGGCCCACCUGGGACUAUUGGCUUCCAUCCUGUCCCCGAAAACCAAAUAUACCGGACUCAAAACGGCGUGGACACUGGCAAGGAGAUCAACAAGCACGCCGCACAGCUCGUCGCCGCAAUCCCACAUGCGGACCAGUUCAGCAAAAACAAGCGUCCGAAUGGGUAUCCCAAGCCUGGUACUGGUUUUGGAGCCGACGAUCCUGAGAACCCAUGGCCGAACAAGAAUGCAGAAGGCAGGGUGUCCUACCACUUCCCCAUCCACCCCAAAGCGUUCGGUAAGACGGUGCCCACGGGACAGGAAGGCAAGGCGGGGACCGACCGCCUCAUUGGGUAUCGUUCAGGUGAUGACAACAAGCUGCACCUCGCUGUGUCAUAUCAUGACACGAAGAAGCCACUUAAAGCUGCCCAAUCUGGUCAGACAGCAGCAACGGAGCAUCCAGCCAGCAUCGCGCAUCCCAAAAGCGCUAACAAGCUUCAGAUCAAAGCGGCAAAGGCCAAAUUUGGAGCGCCCCAUGCGUGGAAACGUGUCAAAAAGCAAGCCUCUGCAGCGUGGAACAACACCAAGCAGCGGUUGAAGUUUGGGAAGAAGAAGAACUAGG